UUAUGGAUAGAUAAUCCUAAUAGAUACAUCCCUUACCUAAUGUCUAAAACAAACCAAAACAAACCAAAUUUUAAAUAAGAUAAUAAUCUGAAACUUCUAUUGCUCCAAAAAUAUAAGAAAAGAAAAUGUAAAGAUAAAUGAGCAAUUUCGAGAAAGGCAAUUUCUUAUAUUUCUUAUAUGCUUAAAAAAAUGGUUAAGUAAUAAACUAUAAUUAAUUUAGAAAAAUGAAAAAGAGUUUGCUGAGUUCUUAAGAAAAACUUAUAACUUUGAACCUCCUUAAAAGAUUGAGGGACCAAAUAAAAAGGGUCUACUUUAUCUAUCUAAAAGAGAAGAAAAUGAUGAUUAUAUUAAAAAAUUGACAAAUUCGGUAUUGUCACCUGGAAACAAAAAUAUUAUAGGAGGUAAGGAUGUCCCACUUGAUUAAGUUAUAAGUCAAAUGUUUGAAAAAUAAUUAGAAAGAUUCCCUAGAGUUAAGUAGAAGAUUGAAAGAACUCAAUGA